GUUGUGAUUUUUUUUUAUAAAGGAACUUUAUCUACUGGGGGCGAAAAAGAUUGGUUUAUUCGGGGCAGCACCAAUAGGAUGCUUGCCGUCACAGAGAACACUAGCAGGGGGAGAAUUGAGAGUGUGUUCUGAGAUAUACAACCAGGCUGCUCAGUUGAUGAACUCCAAGCUCUCUUCUGCUAUUACUUCCUACAACAAUAGUCUCAAUGACCCUAAAGCCAGGAUUGUCUACAUUGAUAUUUACAAUUCUCUGCUUAAUAUCAUUCUAAAUCAUGACAAAUAUGGGUUUUCUGUUGCGGAUAAAGGGUGUUGUGGGACAGGGAAUUUAGAGGUGAGCAUACUGUGUAACAAAUUGACUGACCCAUGUCCAAAUGACUCCGUGUAUGUAUUCUGGGACAGCUACCAUCCCACAGAGAGGUGCUAUAGAGUACUCGUCAAUCAGGUCCUUCAGUCUAGUCUCAACAAAUUCUUCUGAUCCUGCCCCAUUCGCCUCUCGUGAUUUCCCUCAAAUCAAAUCUUCUCUCUUUACUUACUAUCGAGUUGUCGAAAUAAUUGAAAUAUCACUCAUAUAUAGUGUAUGAUCAUUUCAGUAUGUAUUGUUUGUGCACAUUCCUUAAUUUAUAUCUUGGUACUGGUAUGUAAGGUUUUUUAUUGUGGGCUUAGUCAAGCUGGUUUUGACUGCAAGUGCGAGAGAGCUAGGCAUGGAUUGGAUCCUCCAACAACAUGUUGCAUUUUUACAUGGUUUUGUUAAGCUCCA